GACGGAGGGAGAGGGGAGGGGUGGGGGGCAGAUAAAGAGCGAGGGAGAGAGCGAGAUGAAAAGCAUGCUAAGUGAGAGAGGCGCUCACACUGACGGAGGCAGAGGCAGCAGCCACGGCAGCGGCGGCGCUUCUUCCCUCGCCUCUUCCGUCAUUCCACGCCGGUGGAGAUGGAGGGUGCCCUGACCCGCUGAGGAGGACGGUCCGAAGGAGAAGAGAAUCCCUCAUGAACCGCCCCCACCCCUCCUCAUGUGAACGCCUGGAUCGUUUAUUCUCGGGGCAUUAACCAAUAAGGGGUGAAGGGAAGUGUGUGUUCACUCUAGCCUGCCGGAGGGAGGGAGGGAGGCAGGAAGGAGACGGAAGAGGGGGAUGAGUGGCAGGUUCGGUGCGGCUGCCCAUGCCAGAGUGUGAGGGUGGAACACACCGAGGGAGACCUGGGUAGCGGAGGGGCUGCCACGUGUGGAGCGCCGUCGGCAACUUGUGCGCCAGAGACGAGAGGACAACAGAUUCUAAUACGCGCGCAGCUGGACAGAUGAGGAAGCAUCGAGGACCGCGCUUCAGUCCCGGGUGUGUGGUGCACUGACCCUGCCUGCGACAGGCGAGGAGUCAGAGGACCAGGGCCAUGACCGGCUCCCCUGGCCCUGGCGGGCGUGCCUUAGUGCCAUGGCUGACGGUGUGGCGAUGGGCCCUGGCCGCUUCUCUGGUCGCCACGGUGACCAUGACGCUCCCGGGCGGCGGCCGGGCGUGCCCUCCGCGGUGCGAGUGCUCGGCCCAGCUGAGGUCGGUGUCGUGCCAGCGGCGGCGGCUCACCAACAUCCCGGAGGGCAUCCCCACCGAGACGCAGCUCCUGGACCUCAGCAAGAACCGGCUCCGCUGGGUGCAGACGGGUGACCUGGCGCCGUACCCGCGGCUGGAGGAAGUGGACCUCAGCGAGAACCUCAUCGCCACACUGGAGCCCAAUGCCUUCGCCACCUUACAGAGUCUUAAAGUGCUGAAGUUGAGAGGAAACCAGCUGAAGCUAGUGCCCAUGGGGGCUUUCGCCAAGCUGGGCAAUCUGACCAGCCUGGACCUGAGCGAGAACAAGAUGGUGAUCUUAUUGGACUACACCUUCCAGGAUCUGAGGAAUCUGAAACAUCUGGAGGUGGGAGACAACGACCUGGUUUACAUAUCCCAUAAGGCGUUCUCAGGGCUGGUGGGGCUGGAGGAGCUCACAAUUGCGCGCUGCAACCUGACAUCCAUCUCUGGCCAGACGCUGUCUUACCUCCGCAGCCUGGUCACCCUUCACCUGCGUCACCUCAGCAUCACCGGCCUGGAGGACCAGAACUUCCGGAAGCUGUCCAACCUUCGGGGUCUGGACAUCGACCACUGGCCGUACCUGGAGUACAUCUCCCCUCUUAGCUUCCAGGGUCUGGACCUCCACUGGCUCUCCAUCACCAACACCAACAUCACCUCUGUCCCCUCAGCCUCCUUCAAGAACCUGGUGCACCUUACCCACCUCAACCUGUCCUACAACCCCAUCACCACACUAGAACCCUGGGCCUUUAGGGACCUGCUGAGGCUGAAGGAGCUCAUCAUGGUAAGCACAGGCCUGAUGACGGUGGAGCCCCACGCCCUUGGGGGCCUCCGGCAGAUCCGAGUCCUCAACUUCUCCUCCAACGACCUGCAGACUCUGGAAGAGGGCUCCUUCCACUCUGUCAACAGCCUCGAGACCCUCAGAGUGGACGGGAACCCUUUGAUGUGUGACUGCCGUCUGUUGUGGAUCCUGCAGCGACGUAAGACCCUCAACUUUGACGGCAGAGUACCCGUGUGUGCAGGGCCGGUCGAGGUGCAGGGGGUCAGCCUCAGCAGCUUCACUGAUUCUGCACUCUUUGAUCACUUUACAUGCCAGAAACCUAAGAUACGCAAUCGCAAACUGCAGCAGGUGGUCGCCCGUGAAGGCCAGUCCGUGAGCUUUCUGUGUCGAGCUGAGGGAGAACCGGCGCCUGUGAUUGUCUGGAUCUCCCCGCAGCGCCGGCGGAUUACGGCCAAGAGCUCUGGGCGCGUCACCGUCCUCCCCAGCGGCACCCUGGAGAUCCGCUACGUCCAGCUCACGGACAGCGGCACCUACAUCUGCAUCGCCAGCAACGCCGGGGGCAACGACACCUACUUCGCCACUCUGACGGUGCGCGGCCAGCCGCUGGACCCGGCCUCCGCCUUCUUCCUCAACCGCUCGCUGUACGGCAGCGAGUUCUUCAACGACACGAACAUGAACAGCACGCGCGUGUUCCUCAAGUUCACCCUGGAUCUGACCACCAUCCUGGUCUCCACGGCGAUGGGCUGCAUCACCUUCCUGGGGGUGGUUCUCUUCUGUUUCCUGCUGUUGUUCGUGUGGAGCCGAGGACGCGGCCAACGCAAGAACAACUUCACAGUGGAGUACUCGUUCCGGAAAUCUGAGCCCGCGACUGGAGGCUCCUCGGGAGGGACCAGGAAGUUCAAUAUGAAAAUGAUAUGAAACAACGCAGCCAGGGGUCCUUCGGGGGAGGCAUGAGCACGUCCCAAAAACGUGUUUGACAACGCUGAACGCACACAGCCACUGACUCGCAAGGUCCUACAACACGAUCCGAGCGCCCGUCUGCAGCAAAACUGGGGCCGUGAAUCGACAAAUGGCCCAGAUCGCUCUGCGGUUUUAUUUAGCUGGUGGAAACCAGUUUGAAUGGUGAAGCAAGAAGCUGCACUAAUAAUUGAUAUGAAAGAGCUUGAUAAAAAAAAGUUCAGGAGAUAAGUUGAAAAUUGGCCCGAUUACUGAUCUGUGGAAUAUUAGUAGGCCUGUUUCUCUGUAAUGUUAAUGAGAAACGAUGGAGAAUCUUUUUCAUUAAAAUUCCAUUUAACGGAUUCUGAGGAAUGAGACGCGUAAUAACGUCUCACAAAGACGCGGGCGACUCGGAUCAUUUGCGACCGUAGCUGUGUGAGUUUGGGACGAGCACGGCGGCCGUGAGCGGCCGCGACCGCCCGCGGCCCGGGGGGCUUGGUUAGGAAGUCAAGUCCUCCGGACGCGGGCUGCCGCGGUCGCCGUAGCAACCAACACCACGAGCGGGAGCCGGGAACCGGGCCGGUGGCCCGUAGGAGGGUGGCUGGGUGAAAGGGAGAGGAAGGAAGAAGCCAAUGUGACCUUCGCUUCCUCUCCUCCACAUCAUCAUGCUCUUUCAUCAACAGAAGAGGGCCCACUGCCCCCCAGCCCCCUCCCCCCACCCCCCGGUCCCUGCGCUCCGCUGUGUCGGACGCCUGACCUUCCAAAUGCUGCCAGGGGGGAGCAGCCUGGAGAGUUGGGCCAGACUCAGAGGCAGAAAGAGGACACACAGCAGCCCCAAAUGCGCGCACACACACACACACACACACACACGCUCAUCUUAGUAGUGUAACACACACAGCGGCGUGUGAUUAGCGUCUUUUCUCAGGAAAAGUGAAUAACUAGCCAACGGAGCGCGUGGCGACGCACGCUGGCUCUGUUCAAGUGUAACAUUCCAGCAAUAUCGUUCGUAGAGCCAUAAAGCCGGCGCUCAUUCUCCGAGAGAGAACCGAUGAGUUUGCGAGUGACAAAACAAAGCCAUAGUACGUGUAGGUUGUUUUUAUACAGUAGCGUGUGCAUGAUUCACUUACGUAAUGAUAAUUACUGACACUGCCAUCUUACAAGCUGUCGUGAUAAUCACAACACCAUCUGCUGUUAUCUGCUCACAUGAAGUUGCAACUUCACACACACACACACACUGAACCAUCGAGGUCCUUCAGACUGAUAAACAUAAACAUCCAUACUGCACCACAGCCAUGAGCGCGUGGCGCCGCGGGGUCUCUCUCUGCCUCUGAGACGGCCGCUGUGCGAAUGUCUCUGCCCCCCUAGCCCAGUGCAUCCCCCCGCUCCACCCACGCCCCCAUUACGCCCCCACUGGGUCCUCCUUUGGGAGGGGUCCCUGGCUGGAGAUCGAGGAUUCAAAUGUAAAUGAAGUCGUGUUAACCCUACCCACGCCAUGUGCAUCGUAUAGUGGAGAGUAGUACUGUGGUUUUUGAAAACAAAAAAAAUGACAAAAACUUUCUUUGAAGUGUUCUGUUGGUUCUGUUGGUUCUGUUGGUUCUGUUGGUUCUGUCGUUUGUACCCCGUCUUAAUUUCCUCAGUUGUUGUUCUCCGUGACCUUUUUGGCUGUUUCCCCGUCGUCCAUGUGGGACUGGUCUGAUCUUAACACCCGCUGGCGCUGACGCAAGCUCACCGGAGGAACCAGGCAAAACAAUAUCUGGGUCCAGAACACAGUGGACCUUAGAGAUUUAAAAAAAAAAAAAUUAAAAAGGGCAAAACAUGAUUUGUUCUCAGUGUCAGUGCUCCGUUUUGGUGAACAACAUGCUGCAUAAUAUCACCUCAGCAGCUGCAUGCGCAUUUUAGAGGUCACUGAUCCACAUCUGGAUUUAAAAAAAACAACAGCCCCGGGUAAAAGACAACCCCAAACUAACUUUUUCCUGCAAACUCCCUUUUUUUGCUCCCUGUGGGCGAUGAUGAAACCUCUGUGUCAGGAUGAAUAACCGAACAGCCGUUAAAGAUUCAUGAGGUCCAAUGAGGACUGGGAACAGAUCAGUCUGGUUACCGAGGAGCCGGUGUUGAGAUCGGGCCACUGCCUCCGUGGACAUUCUCUCCCCGUGUGUUUCCAUCCCCUGGUAUUUCAGUGGAAACUAGGUUUAGAAGACAGUGAGAAUGUCUGUAGUGAUUGUGGAUGGUGUUGUUGUGUAGACAUCAAUCGCAGAUGUAAGUGUAGAUGAGGGUGUUCUGUUAUUUCGCCCCCCCCCCCCCGUUUGUGUGGUCUUAUCAUUCUCACCCCUCGCCCUCCCUGUUCACAGUAUUAGGCUGGAGUAUGGUCGUGUGGUAGUAGACACGUGUCCUGUGCGCUCGCUGAGUCGGUGUCGUCGUGUGUUGACUCGUCGCUCCUCGUGACGCCGUCGGACGUGGAGGAGCGAUUGGAUCCGUGGAGACAAAAGAUGAAAGGGGUGACCCAGGUUCCCUUAAAAAAAAUUAACACAACAUCGGUUCCCAAUUCAUGCCCCAUUCCUGAAAAAAGACAGACACUUGCUGCUCUGGGAUCUGUCUCUGUAUAUGAAACCCCACGGACUGCACGGUUUCCUCGGCUGAUUUACUUACACAUGUAGAAAGGGGGGGUUAGGGGUUGUUAGCCUGCACUCGUUUAUGCUAACUGUGCUACACUGACUCAUUCACUCACAUUUCAGACGUGGUGAUGGUGGGAAAUAAAGCAUUUUAUCCAUUCAAGCCCUAUUUAAAAGUAAAGACGGUCAAAGUAACGUAAGUGAAUUCCCUCUUUUGGGAAAGUUUGCUGAACAUUUUCCAUAUUAAAACCUUGGCAACUCUUCAGCAGCUCCUCUGCAGCGGAGCCAUGGCCUUAGCCAGCCGGACCGACUAGUGGCGUCUGCCUGAUUCAUCUCCUCUGUCGCCAUUCUUGAGGAAGUAGGCCGAGCGGUCCCCCUGCUCCCUCCUUGGCUUCGCCCUUGCCUGGGGUUGAUGCACCGCAGUCUAGACGCCUCAUUUACAGCAGCAGGCGCCUCGCUAGUAGGAUGUGUUCCCCUCGGAGAGCUCCUAACAGACGCAGACCUGAAUGAGACGCUUAGACGCACAAACGAUCAACCGUCACCCAGCGCUUGAUCUGCCUUCGUCAGACUUCACCUGAAGGCCUGGUCCUGUCUUUAAGAGCACACUUCUCCAUCUGCUGUCAUUUCUGACUCCAUAUCUGCUCUAAAUGACUCUGUCCCUCACUCCGGAUUGUACAGCUGCUGUUUUGAUUGGAUUAGAUUUCAUCUGAAUUAUCGGAGCUGAGAGGAGCAGUAAUGGGAUGGCGGAGAAAUGAGCUCGGCUGAUUGGGUGAUUACUAGGCUUAUUAGUCCCACUACCACAGCAGCCGUGUCAGAACAGCGUGACAUGAAUACUGAGAGGCUGAAGGCGGUUCACCUUUAGAGCCAGAGUGAAAUGAUGGCGCCCGUGGAAAUAGACCUCAGUGGUUACUACUAUAUAUUUGCAUUUCGACAAAUAGCAGAGAAUUGCUGAGGAAUUGUUAAAAGCACCUUGAACAUGCGUCAGCUUCAUCUUAACCUUGACAAAGGCAGUUGGAGGCCCCUUCCCUCUUUGUGUGGCGCUACUGCCCCCUGGUGGCGACGGUGGGCAACAGCAGCGCCGCUGACGCUGGUGGACUGUGUGUCUCAAUAAAGCAACAAAUCGACUGUUAGCUCCAUAAGCCAGUGUUCCUGGAUGCUCUCAUAGCCAUAGCGUGACCUCCUCUCUCCGCUCCGGGUUUGUGAGGCGUUGCUCAGCUCUCAGACAUCUGCGAGGGGAAGCGGUGUCAUCAGGACAGGCCUCCGUUCGGCCCAAAGCAGCCUCUCUGACCCGGUUUGACUCAGACUCAGUCUGUACAUUAGACAAACACUUUGCGACGCCACCAUUAUCACACACAAUUACUAACCAUGUUCUUGCUCCAUGCAUGAGCGAGAGUCGUCCGGCACUCGGUGGGCUCUUCUCUGCAGGGGGAGCUUUCUUUCUUGUGGUCUUAGCAGGUUUAAUCUAUGCAUGCCUUUUGUAUACAGUGAUCGGUCUUGCCAAACUCUCACCUGCACUCGUGCGGAGAGCCAUGGGUGCCAUUCGUACCGACCGUGGGACUGGUUGACACAAACUGCCGCAGGAGCAGGCGGGACCAUUCCAUCGACGCCUGGCACAAAAGGAUCCGUCAAUAUUUGAGGAAGAACAAAUGGAGCUCUGGUUUAGUUGGGAUGAUUGUACUUUUACACAUGUAUCCACUCACAGAGGACCUGCUCAGAUGUACAAGCUGUAGAUAAAGCGAUUGAUAUUCCAAGCAGGGCGGUGGGACUGAUCAAUGCCGCGUGGGGACAGGAUUAUUAAUGCCAUACUUCCAUUGAUCUGUCUCGAACCUCGUCACUCUCCCAGAAUCUCCCAGAGUGGGAGGAGGCGUGCAGAGCUCUGCUGGACCUGGUCGGCGCCCAUUCCUAGGUUUCCACAUUAGCCUUAAGGACCACUUUCACUUCCUCCUCUUUUAAGAACGAGAUGGUGCCAGAUUUACAUUUUAUUUCCCAGGUCUCAGCAAAAAUAGCGCUCUCUCACUCCUCCCACUCUUUUACAGGAAGCUGUCGCUGGUUUAAGUCUGUAUUUGUUGGAGCACUCGAGUGAAACAUACUAAAGAAAUAUCAAGCGUAUCUCCUGAAUUUGGCUUGAAUAAACAUAUCCUCUCCAUCUCUCUCUCUCUCUCUCUCUCGCUCUCUCUGUAUCUCGCUCUCUCUCUAUACUUCUCUCUGUCUGUCUGUCUCCAUCUUCUUGGCACCGACCUCGUUAAACAUUGAAGAAUGUUUUUCAUCAGUCACUCUGAGUGUUCACAUUAAUAAAUAUUUGUUUGUCUUCAACACGUUAGUGACCCAUGAAACCUAGGAAUGGGUGCUGAGUGCUCCGACUAAAUAUAGAGCUAACAACCUAACAAGGGUGAACAGCUUAUAUUGAUAUAUAAGUAUAAAGGAAAUACUCAAACGCACCUGAACUAUCACAUUUCUUUUUUGGAUCCUUGGAUUUAAAGAAAAAAAAGAUGUACAUAUUAGAUCUAUUAGCCAUAUCGUGUCAUGAAAUCUGUAGACCUCCUUGCCAUGUCUGACAGAGGAAAAUGACUGUUUAACUGUAAAUAGUGUAGGUAUAGUACUAUAGGAUUUAACUGCUGCUUCUUUUCUCCAAGGAUCCGUGUUCGGUUCAGUCCCGUGGCUGAUUGGUCUCACAGUAAAGGAUAGGACGAUGAUGUGCUUGUGUAUAAAACAAAUAUAGGUUCUUUUUUUAUUUUAGUGUAUGUUUUAUAUACUGUCUAUCUUGUAAAUGAACUCAUUUUUUGUCAUAAAAGCAUGAUGUGACUAUGUCA